UAUGGUCGUUUUGGUAUUCAUGUUCAUUUACGGGAACGAGAAGCAAUGAACAUGGGAAAUUUAUAUCCAGGUCUAGAACAUUUGCAAUCUCAUGCAGUUCGCCACACUGUCUCCCAAGUUCACCGAGUUCAGCCAUUUCAAGGCCAGCCAACAUCAAGCACAGCGGUAACUGUACCACACCCACCUGCAAUUCGUCCUAGGGUUCGGGCACGAAGAGGACAGGCCACGGAUCCACAUAGUAUUGCUGAGCGGUUAAGAAGAGAAAGGAUAUCAGAAAGAAUAAAGGCUUUGCAGGAACUUGUCCCCAGCUGCAAUAAGACCGACAGGGCUGCGAUGCUUGAUGAUAUAUAUGUGAAGUUCCUAAGGCUUCAAGUUAAGGUAAUAAGACGGUCAACUAUCUCUGAUAGCUCAACUGUAAGAUUGUUUCAUUUGCUCCAAGACUUAUUUAUUUCGUCAAUAUCUAUGGGGGACAGUGGUGAAAGUCGAUCCAACCAGCAUGUCUGGGAAAAGUGGUCCAAUGUCGAAACAGAAGAAGAGGUAGCAAAGUUGAUGGAGGAAGAUGUUGGAGCAGCCAUGCAAUACCUUCAAUCCAAAUCACUCUGCAUCAUGCCCAUUUCACUUGCCAUACUUAUCUAUCCUACUCAGCAAACGGAUAACCAAUCAGUGGUCAAGCCGGAAUCAUCAGCCCUACCAUAG